AUGUCACCCUACGAUGAGGUUGUCCUCAAUGAGACCGCGCCAUCCCUUAACCAAUACCUUUCUGAAUCAGCCAAAGCCCUCGCCCUCGCCCUCACCCUUACCCUAGCAUCCGAGUUCAUUUCCAAGGCACUUGACAUUAUUGAGCACAGAAAUGCCGAAGAGAGGAAGCAAUGGGAGGCUGCCAACCUGGAUUUCUAUACCAAGCUCUAUGAGAAGCACUUCAAUGGAGAGAAUGUGACAGAGAUCAAGUCUUUGCUCUACACCACAUGGUCUCAGGAGGUGGAAGAUCAUUACGCAAACUAUGUCGGUACCGAAGGUUAUGAAGUAAUCAAGUAUCUUAGAUUGGCAUACCAAGCAUUGUGCGAGGGUGACACGAGACCAACUUUGACCCAAUCUUCAAUCACAACAAAGGAGAGAGGCGCCAAGAAGAAGGGAAAGGCAGUGGAUGGAAUGGAUAUUAAUGCCAGCGGAAAACCACCAAAGCCUCCAGUGUCCCAGGUGAUCAAGAAGUUCUUAAGACGCAAGUUUACGAUCAUCGAGCUAAUCACCACCUACAAGAAGGAGUUCCUCAAGAAUGACAUCAGUGUGGGAAUAUCAUCGGGCACGAUGAUCAUUCCCCAGUCGAUGGCCUAUGCCAUGCUGGCUGGCCUGCCACCCAUCCUUGGUCUGUACACCGCCUUCGUCCCAUCAUUCGUAUAUUGCUUCUUUGGCAGCUCCAAGCAUUUGGCUGUCGGACCACUUGCCCUCAUGUCCAUCAUGGUGGGAGCGGCCGUCCAAGGUCAGAACCCAACCGAUGAGCAAUACGUCCCCUACGCAAACCUCCUCGCCGUAAUGGUGGGAAUCAACUACCUCAUUAUGGGCUUCCUACAACUCGGAUAUCUAAUCAACUUCCUUUCCAGACCUGUCCUAAGUGGAUUCACAUCGGCAGCAGCGAUCAUCAUUAUACUAAGCCAGACUAAUUUCUUGUUUGGUAUCAAGGGUGGCAAUCAAGAGUACGCAUGGAAGUAUGUGUUGGAGAUUAUCAAGAAUCUACCCGAUACCAAUUGGAUAUCUGUUGUUCUUGCCAUAAUCUGUUUCGCUUUGCUCUACAUCUUUAAGAAUCAUUUCAAGAUGAUUCCAAAGACUACCAUCCCUAUCCCUGCACCAUUGAUCCUUGUAGUACUUGGCCUACUGGCAUCAUACUUUAUCGACUUGGAGGGCAAGGGAUUGUCCGUGGUCGGUCCCAUCCCAUCAAGCUUGCCAACACCCUUUGGCCAGUUCAAGUACUUUGACACCAACGUAGCCCUAUCACUCUACAAAGAGGCUAUAAUCAUACCAAUUAUUGGAUUGAUCGAGACGGUCAGUGCUGCCAAGGCCGCUGCCAACAAAUGUAAAUACGAACUAAGCUUGAAUAGCGAGCUGAUUGGACUUGGCAUGGCCAAUUUGUUUGGUUGGGUGUUCCAAGCCUACCCAUGCGCAGGUGCCUUUGGAAGAACCUCGCUGCACGUAUCGUCUGGCGCCAAGACCCAGCUGACCACAAUCAUCUCAGUGGUGGUCGUCGGCCUCACUCUGCUCUUCUUGACUCCAGUGUUCUACUACCUUCCCAAGGUCGUCCUGGCUGCCAUCGUCAUCUUUGCAGUCAUGCAACUGAUCGAUUUGGGCGAGAUUCAACUUUUGUGGAGGAUCAACAAGAUUGACAUGAUGCUGUUGUUGGUCGCCUUUUGGACAACGAUCGUCUUGGGAGUCCAGGCCGGUAUCUCCACAGCAGUGGUACUCUCACUCAUUCUUGUAAUCUACCAGAGCUCGCGGCCCAACACAUAUAUCUGUGGACGUAUCCCUGGAACCACAACCUACAACGAUAUCGAGCUUUACCCAGAGGCCAUCACCGAGAACAACGUGGUCGUCUACCGAUUCGAUGCACCCAUUCUCUUUGUCAACGCUUACUACCUUCGUAAGCAAUUGAAGAAGAUUUAUAAGAACGAGGACGAGACAAAGAACCCGAAUGUUUCGGCGAUCGUUCUGGAUUGCUCAUCAGUAUCAUACAUCGAUUCGACUGGUAUCAAGUAUCUGAGGGAGUUGAACAGGGAGCUGAACGACUGUCAGAUACCAUUGGCAUUCGCCGACGUCAGAGCCAAUGUUGUGGAGCUUCUCAAGAUCUCUGGAGUGUAUCGCGAUCUUGGAGGUGACCACUUCUUUGUGCGAGUGCACGACGCUGUGAUGACUGCGCGAACUCUAAUCAUUCGUCCACUCGUCGAGCCAAAGCAAGGUCUCAGCCUAACAUGCUUCAAGAAGCGUGAUGGUCAAUACACAGAGUUGUAUUAA